AUGUGGAGACGGGAGUUCAGGGAUCCUCUGAGAGGCCACAGAGACGCUCCUCAGUACGCUUCUUUUGGCCUCCUGUUCGUUGUGUUUGUGGUCUGUGGCCUGGCUCUGCUGGGCCUCCUUACAUUCGUCUCCUGGAAGCUGUGCCGUGUGCCUUGGCGAGCUAAGGCCCGUUUCCCCAGCCCAUCCCUCACCGCGGCCUGUGACCCAGAGGACUGCCCACUCCAGUCGCCUCCCCUUCUGCCCAGCCCCCAGCAGCAGCCACCGGUCACCAUGGCGACAGAGAAGGUGAAGGACCCCAUGGGUUCGAUGGGUUUCCUGGAGGCGGCGGUGAAGAUAAGCCAUACAUCUCCCGACAUCCCCACCGAUGUGCAGCUCUCCAUGAGGGAGCACUUCCUGCGCCGCACACAGCGCAUGCAGAGGCAAACCACUGAGCCAACAUCCUCCACUCGGCACAAUUCAUUCAAAAGACACCUGCCCAGGCAGAUGCAGGUAGGCAGUCUCGAUCUGGGAAAUGACUACGUGGUGGACAAUGAUGAAAAGCCCACCGGCAUCGGCCGCAUUCAGCCAGAGCUCUACCAACAGAAGGCCCUGGAAUCAGAGGAUUCGUCCAAGAACGGCAGCAGCAAAAACUGUGGCAGGAUUAACUUCUCUCUCAAGUACGACUACGAAAACGAGGCCCUCAUUGUCAACAUUCUCAAGGCAGCAGAUCUACCAGCCAAGGACUUGUGCGGCACAUCUGACCCUUACGUGAAGGUCUACCUGCUGCCUGACCGCAAGAAGUUCCAGACUCGCGUCCACAGGAAGACCCUCAACCCCACAUUCAGUGAGAGCUUCCAGUUUCCUGUGCCUUACGAUGAGCUGGCAGUCAGGAAGCUCCAUAUGAGCGUCUUUGACUUUGACCGGUUUUCGCGGCAUGACAUGAUCGGGGAGGUGGUGCUGGACAACUUGUUUGAGAUGUCGGACCUCUCCAGGGAGACUAACAUAUGGAGGGACAUCCAAUAUGCCACCAGUGAAAGUGUUGACCUUGGGGAGAUCAUGUUCUCACUAUGCUACCUGCCCACCGCAGGCAGACUCACACUUACUGUCAUCAAGUGCAGGAACCUCAAGGCCAUGGACAUCACUGGAUACUCAGAUCCCUACGUCAAAGUGUCGCUCAUAUGUGACGGGAGGCGUUUGAAAAAGAAGAAGACGAGCAUAAAGAAGAACACUCUGAAUCCCACCUACAACGAGGCCAUCAUCUUUGACAUCCCGCCAGACAGCAUGGACCACGUCAGCCUGCACAUCUCUGUCAUGGAUUACGACUUGGUAGGUCAUAAUGAGAUCAUUGGUGUGAUGAGGGUUGGAUGCCAUGCCGAGGGACUUGGCAGGGACCACUGGAACGAGAUGCUGGCUUAUCCACGCAAGCCCAUUGCACACUGGCACCCCCUGCUGGAGUCCAAGAAGUCUGAGAAGGAGUGGAAGGCGAGGACAGCCAGCUUUGACAGCCAAGGCUCCUGCCCCUCACCCCGGCCCCCUGCUAGUCCCUGAGCAGAGCCACCUGUGACCCAGCAGCCCAGAAGGGGGUUUCCUCCCUCCUGCUGAUCCACUUCCUGUCUGUCUGAUUGAGGAGAAACACAACCCCACUGUCUCUCCCUCCCUCUCUCACUGUCCCUCCCUUCCUCAAGUCUGGUCCCAGAGCACUCCAAAGAACUGAUCUAGGACCACCGUCAAGUCGGUUAGUUGUGUGAAGUGAAGUCUUUUCGGGUUUUAGGGUUUGAAGUGUGGGUGUUGUGAUGACCCAGAGCUGCCCUGGUUGUCCUCAGAGGAGACUGCCUGGACAUCCGGUGUGCAGACAUUUAAUACGGAGCUGUCCGAGCCGAGGUGGACGGAUCUCAGUGUCCUCACGUGGACACUUUCCAGACGCUGAAGAUUCAGCUUUGUGCUGCAGAGACUCUUUGAUGGAGAGCAGCGGUAGUUUCACAGAGUGGUGCUGAGGACUCGGCCGCGGUAGAAAAGAGACUUUAACUGGAUCUGAAGC